CAUGUAAACUGGACUGAAGGGUUCCUAAUGAAAAAAUAUUAAAGUGACACACUGACAACAGUAGGAAAUGGCGACCUCAAAAACAUCUAAUACUUAUAAUCGACAAAAUUGGGAAGAUGCGGAAUUCCCAAUUUUGUGUCAGACAUGCCUUGGUGACAAUCCGUACAUUCGAAUGAUGAAGGAGAAGUAUGGAAAAGAAUGCAAAAUUUGCAUGCGUCCCUUCACAGUAUUCCGUUGGUGUCCUGGCGCAAGAAUGCGUUUCAAAAAAACCGAGGUCUGCCAGACCUGCAGUCGAUUAAAGAACGUUUGCCAGACUUGUCUCCUCGACCUGGAAUACGGCCUCCCAAUUCAAGUCCGCGAUGCAGCACUAAAGAUCAAGGACGACCUGCCCCGUUCCGACGUGAACAAGGAAUACUACGUCCAGAAUAUCGACAACGAGAUCGGCAAGCUAGAUCACACCACGCCAGCUGGUUCUGUUGGAAAAUCCGCAGCCGCGAGCGACCUGCUGAUGAAACUCGCGAGGACGAGUCCUUACUACAAACGGAAUCGACCGCACAUCUGUUCUUUCUGGGUGAAGGGCGAGUGCAAGCGAGGAGAAGAGUGUCCCUAUCGUCACGAAAAGCCAACCGAUCCAGACGAUCCCCUGGCUGAUCAGAACAUCAAGGAUCGUUACUAUGGCGUUAAUGAUCCGGUCGCGGAUAAAUUGAUGAGAAGGGCAGCGGCGAUGCCGAAGUUGGACGCACCCGAAGAUAAGCGCAUCACGACACUUUAUAUUGGAAACUUGGGCGAAGUUUUGACCGAGAAGCAACUGCGGGAUCACUUCUAUCAGUACGGAGAGAUUCGAUCUGUGACAAUGGUGCCGAGACAGCAGUGUGCUUUUAUUCAAUACACACAAAGGAGUGCUGCAGAGGCAGCAGCGGAAAGGACAUUUAAUAAGUUGAUUCUGGGAGGUCGCCGGCUGACGAUUAAAUGGGGAAGGUCUCAGGGUCGGCAGACGAUAUCGGCCGCAGAAGGGAAUCGAGAAUUGCUCGAACCUGUGCCAGGAUUGCCGGGUGCUUUGCCACCUCCGCCAGAAGCGAUGGGAAAUAAUUUCUUUAAUUUGCAGCCCACACCGGGAAUGAUGCCUCCGAUGAUGAUUCCACCGCCUCCAGUUGCACCGCCUUUCAUGUUCCCACCGCAAAUGGCAGCUGCGGCUGCGGCUGCUGCCGCGGUAGCAGCAGCCUCGCCGAUUUUCCCACCAGGAACGACCCCGAUUCACUAUCCGAGUCAGGAUCCUUCGAGAAUGGGAGCCUCGCAGGGAAUUGGAAAACCCUGGCCGGAGGAGUAGAUUUAAUUCGUUGUAGAGGAAUUCAAUGUAAAUAUGACAAAUUUGCAUAAUCAUUGAUUUGUGGAAUUUAGAAUCGAAAUAUGAAUUUACUUAAUGGAGUAAUAAUUACAGCGAAAA